CAGUGAAGUACGUGCAGCCCAUGCACAAAGGACCUGUGGGACCACCCUUCCGUGAGGGCAAGGGCCAGUACCUGGAAAUGCCUCUACCGCUGCUGCUGAUGGACCUGAAAGGAGAGCCCGGCCCCCCUGGGAAGCCUGGGCCUCGAGGGCCUCCAGGCCCCCCUGGCUUCCCAGGAAAACCAGGCACUGGAAAGCCAGGGCUACAUGGGCAGCCUGGCCCCGCCGGCCCCCCUGGCUUCUCCAGGAUGGGCAAGGCUGGUCCCCCAGGGCUCCCAGGCAAGGUUGGGCCACCAGGGCAGCCAGGGCUUCGGGGGGAGCCAGGGAUACGAGGGGACCAGGGCCUCCGGGGGCCCCCUGGGCCCCCUGGCCUCCCUGGCCCCUCAGGCAUAGCUGUCCCUGGAAAACCAGGUCCCCAGGGGGCACCAGGACCCCCAGGAUUCCGAGGGGAGCCAGGGCCCCAGGGGGAGCUUGGGCCCCCAGGCAGUCGAGGCCUCAAGGGGGAUAAUGGAGUGGGCCAGCCAGGGCUGCCUGGGCCCCCAGGGCAGGGGGGUGCCCCCGGGGCCCCUGGCCUCCCCGGUCCAGCUGGCUUGGGCAAACCAGGUCUGGAUGGACUUCCUGGGGCCCCUGGAGAUAAAGGUGAGACUGGGCCUCCUGGGGUGCCAGGCCCCAGGGGGGAGCCUGGGGCUGUUGGCUCAAAAGGGCCCCCUGGGGUGGAUGGUGUGGGGGUACCAGGGGCAGCAGGGGUGCCAGGGCUACAGGGCCCUGCAGGGGCCAAAGGGGAGCCAGGGAUCCGGGGCCCCCCUGGCCUGAUGGGCCCCACUGGCUAUGGGAUGCCAGGACUGCCAGGCCCCAAGGGGGACAGGGGCCCAGCUGGAGUCCCGGGGCUCCUAGGGGACAGAGGUGAGCCAGGCGAGGAUGGGAAGCCAGGGGAGCAGGGCCCACAGGGCCUUGGGGGCCCCCCUGGACUUCCUGGGUCUGCAGGGCUCCCUGGCAGACGUGGGCCCCCUGGGCCUAAGGGGGAGGCAGGGCCUACAGGACCCCCAGGAGUACCUGGCAUUCGGGGUGACCAAGGGCCCAAUGGCCUGGCUGGGAAACCUGGACUCCCAGGAGAGAGGGGGCUUCCUGGGGCCCAUGGUCCCCCUGGACCAACUGGGCCCAAGGGUGAGCCUGGUUUCACUGGCCGCCCUGGAGGACCAGGGGUGGCGGGAGCCCUAGGGCAGAAGGGUGACUUGGGACUCCCUGGGCAGCCUGGUUUGAGGGGCCCCUCAGGAAUCCCAGGACUCCAGGGCCCAGCUGGCCCUAUUGGGCCCCAGGGUCUGCCAGGCCUUAAGGGUGAACCAGGCCUGCCAGGGGCCCCUGGAGAAGGGAAGGUGGGGGAACCUGGCAUGGCUGGGCCCACAGGGCCCCCUGGAGUCCCCGGAUCCCCUGGACUCAUAGGGCCUCCAGGGCCUCCAGGGCCUCCUGGCCCUCCCGGCGCUCCUGGGGCCUUUGAUGAGACUGGUAUUGCAGGCCUGCACCUGCCCAAUGGGGGCGUGGAGGGCGCUGUGCUGGGCAAGGGGGGCAAGCCGCAGUUUGGGCGGGGCGAGCUGUCGGCACACGCCACGCCUGCCUUCACCGCCGUGCUCACCUCGCCCUUUCCUGCCUCGGGGAUGCCUGUGAAGUUUGACCGGACCCUCUACAAUGGCCAAAGCGGCUACAAUCCUGCCACUGGCAUCUUCACCUGCCCUGUGGGCGGCGUCUAUUACUUUGCUUACCAUGUGCAUGUCAAGGGUACCAGUGUGUGGGUGGCCCUGUACAAGAACAAUGUGCCAGCCACCUACACCUAUGACGAAUACAAGAAGGGUUACCUGGACCAGGCAUCUGGAGGGGCUGUGCUCCAGCUGAGGCCCAACGACCAGGUCUGGGUGCAGAUGCCCUCGGACCAGGCCAAUGGCCUCUACUCCACCGAGUACAUCCACUCUUCCUUUUCAGGAUUCUUGCUCUGCCCCACAUAACCCGUGAGGGGGCCCUGCUGCCCUGACCUCCUCCUCUUUAGUCGUAGAGAGACUUUUCAGUUACAAAGAAUCUCCAUUUAAAGAAAAAAACCAAAGGUGGAACAGAGGCGGCCGUGGCCUUGGCCAGAGGCGACUGACCUGCUUUCUCCCCACACGCGGGCUGAGACUGUUUCUGGAAGAGGCUGACCUGAGUUUCUCCCCGUCUCUCCCAAGUGUUUGUGCCAUGUUGGGACUGGCCCCCGAUGCCUGCCCUGCCUGGUCUGGAGGCAGGGUCCCAGGACACUCAGCUCAGCUAUAGGAGACCGCCCCUGCCCGUGAGUCCUGGGCUCUGCUGGGCCGUAAAGGGUGCUGCUCCUUUGUGCGUCAGAGCUGGCAGGGCUGAGCUCCCCAUCCACUGGGGAGACACGCUCUGA